CCUGAAGUCCAGUGUCACUCGCGUAUUAUCAGCCGCUUUCGCUCCAUUUGAGCAAACAAUUAUUCUGCGCCAUAAAAUCGACAGGUUGGUGGACUAAGCUGGCCUGUUGGGUCAACCUACGCCAAAAGGCAUUAAAUGUCAAGCCCAUCUAUUCGAGGCAGUUUAAAUUGAAGUGAUAUAUGCCAGUUACUGGGAGCCAAAUAAGAAUGACUUAAGAGCAUCAUGGUCGUGAUUGGGAGCCAACAGUCUCAUGACCCGGAUGUUGCCCAAUCAGAAGAGGACGACGAAUUGAGCUUAGAACAAGCCGUGAUUGACCAGAACGUCGAUGACCUAUCUCAAAUGAUGGAACGAGCGGCCGUCUCGGGCAGAAGCCACCAUAGUGUCGUCAAUAAAGCUCUGCUACUUUCUCCCGCAUGCGCACGCGGAGGCACGGACGUCAUACGCUUCCUGUUGUCGCGCGGCGCGGACUGCAACGCGUGCACGGAAAUAGACGGCGAGCGUGUGUGGUCCGUUCUGCACCUGGUGGUCGUGCGCUCCGACCUGCCGUGUCUCCAAGUCCUGCUGCAGUGUGACAACAUCGACAAGGAUCCCACCAGUCGCUCGGGACAGACGCCCCUGAUGAUCGCCUGCUCUAACGCCUUUCUGCCAGGAGUCCAACUGCUGCUGGACAGCGGAUGUGACGUAGACAAGGUCAACCCCGUGACCCCCAGCACCGCAGUUCACUCGGCGUUUGGCGUGGGCGUGCCCUUCCGGACGAUCUGCUACAGCGCGUUCGAAACCUUUGAGCAGUUCCAGUGUUUCCAGUGUCUGGUAGAAGGUGGAGCGGAUCUAGAAAGUAGAGAUGAGUUAGGAUUCGCGGCCAUACAUUACGCAGUAAGGAUCAACCACAUAGACGCUGUCAAGUUACUCGUCUCUAAGAACUGCGACCUAAAUGCUACUGGAACCUUCCAACCCGGAACUUUCGAUUCUGGUUCCAUAGUGGAAGGAGUUCCUGUUACGCCGUUUCUCUUGGCAGUGCAUUACGGACACUCCAGAAUAGCAAAACUUUUGAUUGAUAGUGGUUGUGAUUUUUACCAAAGUGAUCAUAUUCUUAAAUCUCUGGACGACAAUACAAUGUUAACAUGGCUAAAAGGAGAGUUUAAGACUCCGCGGAAAUUACGUGACAUGACCAGAACAUAUAUCAGACGACUUUUGGGAAAGACGAUAAGAACAAGCGUUGAUCGUCUGCCAAUACCGGUGUUGCAGAAACAAAACUUGCUUCUGAAUGAUGUUCUGAAUGAUGAAGUCCAGAUGUUCCCAGCUGUGUCAUCAGAAACUACUAGACUCUAAUGGCAUGGAAACAAUAAAGUAAAAUGUGCAGCGCAAUCUGUAGGUGCACAUGGAUUACGUUUUACUCAUAGCUGAAUAGAUGAAUUAACCACUUUUCUGCGAUUUUCAUUACAAAAAUCGAAGAAAUAUUCACAUCCUUCGCUUAUGGGAUCAGCAAUUUUGCAUAAUAUUGCAGCUGUAAAUAUGCAGAAAAAGAUGUCAAUUAAUUAUCGUAACAUUAUCAGUAUAUUUGAAUGAAAUGUAGACAGAAAUUUCAAAGAAUAUGUCUAGAGUACAUGUGUAUAUACAACCACUGUACUUGUAUAAUUAACAAGUUGAAAUAUAUUUUAGAAAUGUUACAAACGUGUUGUAUAUCACUUAUAUAUCGUAAGUAAGUUGUUAUGAAAUUUAUAUAAAAUAUUCAGAUAUACGUGUAUGUUAUAAUAUAUACAUGUUUGUACUUCUAUAAUUAACAAGUAGAAAUGUAUUUUACAAGUGUAAACA